GCUCACCUGUGUGCCGGAGCGCUCAGUCGCGGAGCGCGCGAGCUCUGUGCAGAAGCGAAUGCCGUCGGGCGCGCGCUGCCAUUCCAGCACUCAUCCCCGGUGCGACGGAACGAAGCGCGCGCGCGCGGCGACAACCUCAAAAUAUUAACCGUUAAAACUCCACCCACCCCCAAAAAAAACCCCGACAGUCCUCUCAAGUCGUGGUUCCAAACACCACCGACCGCAGCCGGGGAAGACCGUUGGUCGGUAAAGUGCAGCCGUUAACGCCACGUCGACUAAAACAAACAAACUAAAGCUUGAACAGUUGUUUCUCUCUUUCUUUUGAUCUGUCGGUCUGAACCGGAGUUUUAACGCCGUGAACCAUGCUGGACCCGUCCUCCAGCGAAGACACCGGCGGGGAGUCCGACCCAGAAGUUGUCCAGGAGGCUCCGCGGAAACCGGUUGCCUCCUCGGCGAGGAAACUGGGGAACAACAGCCGGGCGGACGGGCAGCAGCGACAGUGCGCCGCACCUGGAGGUGCCCCCGGCAAAGGUGCUAAAGACAGCAACGCUACAGGUGAAGAGGAGGAGAGGAAGGAGCGCGAGCGGAUCCAGAAGGAGGAAGAGGAGAGGAAAAUUAAACUGCAGAUUUAUGUGUUCGUCCUGCGGUGCAUAGCCUACCCGUUCAACGCCAAGCAGCCCACCGACAUGGCCCGGCGGCAGCAGAAGGUGAACAAGCAGCAGCUGCAGGCAGUGAAAGAGCGUUUCCUGGCUUUUCUCAACGGGGAAACUCAGAUUGUGGCGGAUGAAGCUUUCUGCAAUGCUGUGAGGAGCUACUAUGAGGGCUUCCUGAAGAGCGAGCGUGUUUCCCGGAUGGUUCAGAGCGGUGGCUGCUCGGCCAACGACUUUCGCGAGGUCUUCAAGAAAAACAUCGAGCGGCGUGUCCGAAGCCUCCCGGAGAUCGACGGCCUGAGCAAAGAGACGGUACUGAGCUCCUGGAUUGCUAAGUACGAUGCCAUCUACAGGGGGGACGAGGACAUGCGGCGCCAGCCUCAGCGGGCGCACCUGAGCGCUGUGUCGGAGCUCAUCCUCAGUAAGGAGCAGCUGUACGAGAUGUUCCAGCAGAUCCUCGGCAUCCGCAAGUUUGAGCACCAGCUGCUGUACAACGCCUGCCAGCUGGACAAUGUAGACGAGCAGGCGGCUCAGAUCCGCAGAGAGCUGGAUGGAAGGUUACAGCUGGCUGAGAAGAUUUCCAAGGAGAGGAGAUACCCAAAGUUCGUCUCUGCUGACAUGGAGCCUCUUUACGUGGAGGAGCUGCGUUCGUCAGUCAACCUGCUCAUGGCGAACCUGGAGAGUCUGCCGGUGUCCAAAGGAGGUCCGGACUUCAAACAGAAGCUCAAACGCUCCUCCAUGAACAACUCCUUCCUGGACAUGGGAGACGAGGGAGACAUCCUGUCCAAGUCUGACGUUGUUCUGUCCUUUACUCUGGAGAUUGUGAUCGUGGAGGUCCAGGGUCUGAGGUCUGUGGCUCCAAACCGGAUCGUUUACUGCACCAUGGAGGUGGAGGGAGGGGAAAAGCUGCAGACAGACCAAGCCGAAGCCUCCAGACCACAGUGGGGGACUCAGGGGGACUUCACCACGACUCACCCUCUGCCCUCGGUCAAAGUGAAGCUGUUCACAGAGAGCACCGGGGUCCUGGCUCUGGAGGACAAGGAGCUGGGCCGGGUGGUCCUGAAUCCGACCACGAAUGGGCAGAAGCAGGCCGAGUUCCACCGGAUGGUCGUCCCCAAGAACAGCCAGGACACGGAGCUGAAGAUCAAACUGGCCGUCCGCAUGGACAAACCCCCCAACAUGAAGCACAGCGGGCACCUGUACGCUCUGGGACAGAGAGUCUGGAAACGCUGGAAAAAAAGAUAUUUUGUUCUUGUUCAGGUGAGUCAGUACACGUUCGCCAUGGGCAGCUACAGAGAGAAGAAGGCAGAGCCUCAGGAGCUGAUGCAGCUGGAGGGAUACACAGUGGACUACUGCGACCCUCAGCCAGGUCUGCAGGGCGGCCGGGUGUUUUUUAACGCGGUGAAGGAGGGCGACCUGGUGAUGUUUGCCUGUGAUGACGAGCAGGACCGGAUGCUGUGGGUCCAGGCCAUGUACCGAGCCACCGGACAGUCCUACAAACCGGUCCCACCACUGCAGAACAAAACCACAAACUGCAGAGGAGGAAUCCAGAAACCAGCUUCCCCCAUCAGUCUGGAUCCGUCUCAGCGUCAGGGGGUGGAGGAGCUGAUCUCUGCAGCUCCGUGUCGCUUCGACCACGCCGCCCUGUUCACCAUUUUACAAAGAAACACUCUGCAACACCGCAUGAAUGACUCCUUCUCCUGCCUGGGUUGGUUCAGUCCCGGUCAGGUGUUCGUCCUGGAUGAGUACUGCGCGCGGUACGGCGUUCGAGGCUGCCACCGUCACCUGAGCUACCUGAAAGAUCUGAUGGAUUAUUCAGAGAACAACGCGUUGGUCGACCCCACGCUGCUGCACUACAGCUACGCCUUCUGCGCCUCCCACGUCCACGGAAACAGGCCUGAUGGGAUGGGGACAGUGAGUGUGGAGGAAAAAGAGCACUUUGAGGCCAUCAGGAGUCGCCUCAUGGAUCUGCUGGAGAACCAGAUCACACAUUUUAGGUACUGCUUUCCCUUUGGACGACCAGAUGGGGCCCUGAAGGCAACGCUGUCCCUGCAGGAACGGGUUUUGAUGAAGGACAUCACCACGCCUGUUCCUCCAGACGAGAUGAAGAAACUAGUGCAGAAGUGCCUGGAAAAAGCAGCUGGAAUCAACUACAGUCAGCUGAUCGAAUACGCUCAAAUCAAGGUGCAUGCUCAGGCAGCUCCGGAGAAAAGGCUAGAGGACAUGAUGCGGCUGGGAGAGCUCUGCAUCGAGGUCUUGCAGCAGAACGACGAACAUCACUCCGAGGGAAGAGAGGCUUUCUCCUGGUGGCCGGAGCUGAUGGCUGAACACGCCGAGACAUUUCUGUCUCUGUACAGAGCCGACAUGGACGCCACGCUGCAGGUCCAGCCUGUCGACACCUGGGACAGCUUCCCACUAUUCCAGCUCCUCAACAACUUCCUGCGAGCUGACCCUCACCUGUGCAAUGGGACUUUCCACAAACACUUGCAGGACCUGUUCGUCCCCCUGGUGGUGCGCUACAUCGACCUGAUGGAGUCCUCCAUCGCCCAGUCCAUCCACCGUGGCUUCGAGCAGGAGACCUGGCAGUCUGUCAAGUCAUUAACUAACAAUCUAGCGAGCGUUCCUCUUCCCAAAGUCCCCAGCCUCCCUCUCACGCUGCCACAGAUGCCCAGCUUCUCGGCGCCCGCCUGGAUGGGACCGCUCUGUGAGAACACCUUGCAAGGAAUAAAUCUACCUGACAUCUUCAACGGCUCGGCCACCUCGGAGGAUUUGUUCUGGAAGCUGGAUGCUCUGCAGAUGUUCGUACUGGACCUUCAUUGGCCGGAGCCUGAGUUCGCCAAACAUCUGGAGCAGAGACUCAAACUGAUGGCCAGCGACAUGAUGGAGGCCUGCGUCAAGAGAACAAAAUCUGCAUUUGAUGCCAAAAUGCAGAAAGCAAGUAAGUCAACGGACUUCCGGGUGCCACUGUCGGUCUGCACCAUGUUCAAUGUGCUGAUGGAUGCCAAAAAGCAGUGCUCCAAACUCUGCGUGCUGGACACCGGUCAGGAGAUUGACAAACAAUGGCAACAAUACCACUCCAAAAUCGAUGUUCUGAUUGACGAGGCAUUCAAAGAAAUGAUUUCCUCCCUCGUCUCGAAGUUUGCCGCUGUUUUAGACUGCGUCCUCUCCAAGCUCUCGAGAUACGAUGAAGGGACAUUCUUCUCUUCAAUCCUCUCUUUCACAGUGAAAGCAGCUGCCAAAUAUGUGGAAGUCCCUAAACCAGGGAUGGAUCUGGCCGACACCUACAUCACCUUCGUACGGCAGAACCAGGACAUCCUCCGAGACCGCGUCAACGAUGAGCUGUACAUCGAGAAGGUGUUUGAUCAAUGGUACACCGGCUCCACGAAGGCGGUGUGUGUUUGGCUGACAGACAGACUCGACCUGCAGCUCCACAUGUACCAGCUGAAAACACUCAUCAAGAUUGUGAAGAAGACCUACCGUGACUUCAGGCUGCAGGGUGUCCUGGACGGCACACUGAACAACAAGAGCUACGAGACCAUCUACAACCGGCUGACGGUGGAGGAAGCCACAGCAGCAGUCAAGGCGGGCGAUGGCCUGCAGGGUAUCAGCAUGAGAGACAGCGAUGAGGACGAUUAAACAUACACUCAUCAUACCAUCACACACCCUGUUACUACUUGAUACUCAUCCUCUCUAACAGAUCAGGACGUUUCAUCGCAGUUAGUGAUAUGUGUCCUCCACUGAGCUCUACUCCACUUCACUAAGCAGUUCUCACUAAAAACUGAAACUGAGGCUAAAGCUGAAACUACAGUCAACAAAUGUAAUUUUAUAGUAAGAUGGCUGAAAAUGAAAAGAAAUAGAUUGCUGCUGGACAAAAUAGCCAUGGUGUUUUAUGCUAACGUUAACUAGUGUGCCAUUUUGUGGAUGCAUUUUCUCCACUGAACUCCACUUCACUCAGUCUAACUCAAUAAAAACUGAAACUAAAGUCAAGAAAUAUUUAACUCAAUGAUCGCAAAAUUUAAACUAACUAUAAACUGGAAGUACAGUUAACUAAUUUAAUCAUAAUGAACAGAAAUGAAUACCUGGUACAGGAAAAGUUAUGCUAACGUUAGCUAGCAAGCCAUGUUGUUAAUGCAUUUUCUCUACUGAACUCUACUCCACUUCGCUUAAUAGUUCUUAGUAAAUACAAAAAACUGAGAUGACAACUGAAACUACAGUCAAUAAAUGUAUCUUUUUAUAAGAAAAAAACAAAAACAGGAAGGUAUGCUAAUGUUGGCUAGUGAGUCAUGUUAAUGUGUUUUCUAUUAAAGUCUACUAUACUCAAGAUUGAAAAUUUUGAUUCUUUUUCUUAAAAAGAGUAAAAAAUUUGAUAAAGAUACACGCGUCCAGUUGUAUCAUUAAUUGAACUGAGUUGUUACACCCCUACUAUGAAUUUAACAUUACGUAAACUGGCUAACAUUAUCUUAAUAGCUAACAUUAUCUUGCUAGCUAACAGGCAACAUAUUAAUUCAGACAGCUGUUACUACAGAAAUACAACUAUGGGAUGGUGAACAUAUGUGUGAUGAGAUAUUUUUGUCAUUACUGUUUCAGUAAUAAUAGAAAUAAUAUAAAAUAUAUAUAUUAUGUAGUCCAGCAGUUAUGUAGCUUUUUUGGCCAACCAUGAAGAUAACUACACUCAGAGGUUUCUGCAUAUUUUGAUUUCAAAAUAAAUAAAUAAAAGUAAUCACUGGAGGAAAAUAAAACAUGAGAUUCAUACAGUUUGUUGGAUAAGAUAAUCGUCACAAAUUAAAGGAUAAGGCUGGCAUUGUUCUAUCAUUUUUACUGUCAACAAAUCCCAUGAAUAGACCACAACCAACAAUACUUUAGUCCGUUUUUCAGUACUUUCCAACUUCCCUACCCUGUGUGAUUUAUAAUGUAGAUGAAAAGGUGAAACCUUUUUAAGAUUUGGAGCCACAGACCUUAUUUUCUCUAUAAACCGAAAACCUUCCAUAUUUUAGGACUCUUCUUCUCCUGUUAUGAGUGUUAUGCAUGCAGAGUGCAGUUGCACGUGUGCAGUAGAGGUUACAUAUCAUUCAUCGUGAGUGAAGGUCCUGAUCAGGUAAGAGCGAACGCUCAGGUAGUGACCAAACUACCCCCACCCCACCCCCCGAGCCUAGUACUCAACCUGUCACAUGCUCAUUAUCCUGGACACUGCUGUACAUACGUGUUGAAACGUACACGUACAUGAGUGAGAAUGUACGACAAACAGGAAGUCAAGGUGAGGCGAGGCAUCUGAAGGACACGGUGCUGAGACACAAACCUCGUCCUCCCUCAGGACAGGAAGCCCCGCCCUCCUCCAACGUGCAGCCAUACUCUAAUUGAUGUCACUUUGUACAGUAGAGCUCAGCGACCGGCGUCAGUGCAGCUCUUUCCUGUUUUGUUUGUUGUAGCUUAUUAAAACGCGAAAGGCUCCGGCAGUUCUGAGUCUGAGCGACCUCGCCGUCUUUUUCGUCAUUUUCCUGACAGCAACAGCAAAAUCAACUACAGAGAUUUGUUUUUAUUUGACAGGAUGCUUGGAAUUGUAAGGUUCAAUUUGACGGUUUUAAUCAAAGUUAGGUUGUCCACUGUCAUCUUUGAAUGUUCCUUUAUACUGCUAUGGUUUUAUUUUUUUGAACAACCAACCUAUUUUGUUGAAUGUUUGAUUUAGAGUAAAAAUCGAAAGUCCUGCUAGCAUCCCCUUGAUGCUGUAACAUUCAUUACAACCCACAGUAACAGUCCUCGCCAGUAACAACAGCACUGGUUGGUUGUUUGAACACAUAAGACCACCUAUGUUUACAUUAUCUUGACACUCAACCUCUCGUGCAAAGCAGAAGUAGCGUGACAUUGUUAUAGCACCUAAAAACAAACGUUGACCAACAAUCCGAUGUCGGUUCCUGUUAACCGUGACCACAGUCUUUCUCUAACAUUGACCACGUAGCUUUAAUUACAUAAAUUUAACCUUAACCUUAAAGGUGGCAGAUCAGAAAACACUCAAAUGGGUCAUUUUAGAAUGCGACGUUUUGUUGUUUAGGCCGAAGGACUUCAUGAACAACAUGCUGAUGAUUUAGCUGUUCUUUGAGCUUCACUUUGUCAUUGUCCUGCGUGUGGCGCUACAGGAAAGGUUUAUCUUUUGGGGAGCAAGAAUGUGCCCAGGAAAUUUCAUGGAAAUCUGCUCAUUAGUUGUUGAUAUUUCUGGUGUAAGUGGAAAAGUUGACCUUCUAAUGUUGGUGGUAGAGGAAAAUCAGGAUGAAUUAGGAUUUAUCCUCUGGGGACCAUGAACGUCAUUAGUAAAUUUUAUGCCCCGUAGUUUUUAAAUUAACUUGUUCUGGAUGUACAAGUUGGACGGCCCGACAACCUGAACGAUAUCACCAUUCUUUGGCCCCGUAGCUGCAUUUAUAGCUAUCGCUGUGCCCCCAUGUUCCCUUACAAUCAUAGUCGACAAAUCCGCGGCGCACAAUUUGCGUCCAAUGCCAAAGUUUCUGUGCUAGUGUGUCUUUUAUGUAGCGAGGCAGAAAGUGAUGUCGGGGUGGUAAAUGGGUAUGUAGCACGUUUAACUAUUAUGCCGGAGACAGAUUUGCAUUUGCUUUUGUUAACCAUCACCAUGAUCUUUCCCUAAACUUCAGCAAGUGUUUUAGUUGCCUAAACUUACCCAAACCUUAAAGGAUAAUUAUGGUUUUAUUACAGUUUGGGUCUUUGUAGUUUUGUCCAUCAGUUCUAUCAGCAAUAUUAACAUUGUACUCACCCAAGUCAUCGAGACGUCUGGGAUGUGGGAUCACGUUGAAAACACGAAACACGAGCAGUCAGACGAUCAGGUUGAAAAAUAAACCAACAAUUUAGCCAGAUUAUCUAAACCAAACUGAAAGUGAGCACACCUGAAAUGUUGGUAAUAAUAGCUCAUUGCAAAGAACUACGAUAAGUACAGUAGGUCAAAGUUGAAGCAGGAAGUGGGUCUGUUAACUAUGAUGGAUGUUUAUAACGGAGGAUAACAAUUUUACUGUUCGUAAGUUUGUCUAACCUGGGGGUUUGUUUCCAACCUCUUUGAGGGUCUGACUGCCCGUGUUUCUUGGGCUAUCGGACGUCCAAUAACUUGUUAUCAUAAAUUGAUGGUCACGUACGGAAAUUAGACCCAAAUUGCAAUAAACCAGGAGUGUCCUUUAACUUGACCUUAAUCACACUUUCCACAGUGUUUUUUCCUUAAUUACCAUACUGCAUUUGCAAUGCACGGAUAUAGUAAAAUGAAACAUCAGUGUUUAAUGCUCAGAAGCUUUGUAAUCUGGGGUUUUGCAGAAUCAUUUGAGAAGGUUUUGUCUGGCAGUAGCGAUGAGCUUUCGGAACAAAAACUAAGCACUUGAUAGCUUAAUGUUUGAUGUUCAGUGUCUCACAUCUGCAGUAGAACUCUUACAACUCCAAGCUGUAGCUUCUCAAUCCUUCUGUAGCUUAACAUGUCACAACCGGUGGCCUCAGGUGGUAAAAGAUGCAAAAAAUGAAAUAUUUCUUCUCUGGUUGUUCACUGUCAAACGAAAUAUCCCGGAAAAGGGUUUCUAGGUUCUUUGAAACAGGAAACAAAUCUCCGCAGGUCCACACAAAAACACAAAGAGUCAUCUCUCUGAGACUGGGGAAUAAUUGUUCACAAUCACGACUACACGUUGAUGUAGUUGGAGAUCUGCUGUCAUCUCUGUUCAUUGUGAUAUUUACUGUUGUGAAGAAUAAUGUUGCGCUGUAGAGUGACAUGGUCGUAGGCUGCUGCCUGAUGUGCAUCAUAUCCAACAUCGAUCAAAGUCUUAGAAACGUGCCAACGAACUGGAAAAGUCUGGACUUUUUUUUAACAGGAACGUCCUAGGAGAACGUGGAUCUGUUUUUUAUCUGAUUGAUGUGUUUAAUCUGAUCAGCUGUGAGCGGACGAAGCGCCUCAUCACUGCUGUUCAUUCAUUGACUAACGUCUGUUUGCGUGUCGUCGUUGAGAUAAAAAGAGUUUUACCUGUAAAUUCUGUGUGCAACAACCUGCCGUUUGUUUUGACUGUCCGAUCCAGUUUGUGUCAGUGCAGUUCAAAGGACAAAAACUAAAGGACAAAAACCUAUAUGAAGAAGUAUAUUUAUAUUGUCUUAUUGUGCACCUGUUUUGUUCGGGUGUCUUAUCGAAGUGUCACUAUUAAAAGUGUUUUUAAAGCA